AGCGGCAUUCGUGUACGAACCGUUGCCAGAAAUCCCGUCUGCGCAGGCGUACGGUGACGCGUUCUCCGUCAUGCGUUGCCCGCUACUACUUGCUCGCUCGUCGUUUAGUUCGUCCCGAGAAACGAUAGCGUUCGGUACGUUCGCGCUCGGUGCAGCGGUAGGAUCGCGCGCGCGCACAAAAACAGCAGAGCGAACGACGCGAGAGCGUGUGUCACACAACGACGUUGUCGCGAAACGAAGAAAAAACGUGUCUCCCUCUCUCUCUCUUCUGUCUUGCGUUUUCUCACGGUCGAACCGAUUGCAGCAGUGUGUAAUCCGCUCUGCUUACCACCUCGUCCCAUCGUGCAGUGCAGUGAACGAGUGAAACUCGUAGUAGCAGUGGGAGAGGAACGGCUCGAAACAUGCGAGAAACACGAAGCGGAAAGAGAGACGACAGAUAGGCAAGUAGAGAGAGAGAGAGAGAGAGAGUCUUGGGCACAGCUGUUCCGCGGCAGGGAAGGAAAGGAAUCGGACGAAUAUAGGCGUCGUUGAAACGAGCGAACGAACAAACAGACGAACGGGGAAAAACGUCGAAGCCCGAGUCGAUUGUGCACCCAUAAAUAGUCGAUCAAGCGUGCGUUCCAGAGAGAGAGAGAGAGGAUCACGUCACGAUCGCACGUAACGACGCGACACCACGCGAUUCACGAAGAGUCACCGUCGCCGAGGCAUCCCGAGGAUCGAUGAAACCAGCGAAUGUAGUGCAGCGAGCGGCAACGCGACGUGAGGCGAACUUGGGGAAGAUACAAACGCAAGCUUACCAGAAGCGGUAGACGAUAUACGGAAAGAGGGAGAGAGAGAGAGAGAGAGGAAGAAGAACGCGCAGAACUUCCCGGAGCGUGUCGACCGUUAGAUCGCACUUUCGAGUGUCACGUCGUGCUGCUUCGCCAACAGCAGUACACCACCACCGUUCCUCGCACAGCAUCGUCACGCUCGCUAUUGUAGCUUCACCGGUGGAUGUCAUCGAGCGAUCCAAUCGAAGGAAGAAACGACCGUCAUCAUCGGACACUCGGCGGAAAAAGAUGUGGCAUCCCUCGAAGCGAAGCACCCAGCAGAUGGAGGAAGAGCAAGCUCCGGGAGCGUUGACGACAAGGGAGGACGAGAAGCGCUGGCGGCGCGACAGCACCGACGACAAGUCGAUAACAACGGCAAAUAGCAGCAACGUCGACUCCGGCUUCUUGUCGAGCGGCAAUCUGCAAACCAGUGGCGAGAUCUGCGACUCGGGGUUGCUUUCGCGGGGCGAUCGCGAGGGGGACGGGCCGAGAGCGGAGAUCGAGAAGAGAGAGCGAGCAGGUGUAACGACGACGGUGUCCUCGUCGUCAUCUUCGGUCGCGACUACGAUAGCCGAGCCAAUGAGGGUUGACAGCGGCCUCAUCGUGGACCUCGGCCUCAGCGAGAGCCUCAGCCAGCUCUCCCUCAAACAGGUCGCCUUAAAUUCGCUGACCGGCAGUCGUGCCGGCGUCCAAGCGAAAUCGAACCUCGAGCCGAACAUCGAACUGGUGCCCGUGCGGCCGGACCCGUCCUCGGACUAUGACAUCCGUAGCGACGUUGACGUCGAGCCGCAACAGCAGCAGCAACUGCGAGACGGCAGCUGCGACCAUGUCGUCGCGCAGGAGCGACGACGCGCCAACGAAGAGCCGUGGGAGCUCUACUACACGCAGGACGACGACGGAGACACGCAAUUGCAUAUCGCGAUCGUGCAGGGCUUUGUGGAGGCCACGUUCAGUUUAAUCAAGAUGGCGCCUCACCCCUGCCUGUUGAACAUCCUGAACGACGACUGCCAGUCUCCCCUGCACCUGGCGGUACUCGCCCACCAACCGACGAUUAUACGACGCCUGAUCCUGGCCGGCGCGGACCCGUCCCUGAGGAAUUUCCGCGGCAACACGGCCCUUCAUCUCGCCUGCGCCACUGGAGACGUCGCCUGCGCCAAGGCGCUCACGGACCCAUUGUCUUCGAUAGAGAGGAACGAGCUGAUGCCUGGUGAGAAGGUGCCGGCUCUACCCCAGAAUUUGGAGCAACGUAAUUACAGCGGCGAGAUGUGUUUGCACAUGGCCGCGGCGAACGGACAGGUAGACCUGGUGCGCCUUCUCCUGCGUCUCGGCGCUGACCUCGAGGCGAGGGAGGCGUUGGCAGGUAGGACAGCCUUUCAUAUCGCCGUGGAACGCGGCUGUCGAUCGGUGGUCGCUUUUCUGCUCCACGAAUGCCGGCCUUGCUUGGACGCCCAGACAUACGCCGGUAUGACGGCUUAUCAGCUGGCGCUGUGCUUCGACGACACCCAGCUCGCCCGUGAACUGGUGCGGCUCGGCGCGUCGCCGCAGCCCCUGCCGGAAUCCUCGGACUCGGAGAGCGAGGACGAGGAUACGUCAUCGUUGGACGUGUCGCCGCCGAAUUACUUGCCCGCGAUAGUCAAUAUGCAGAACACGGUCGGAGUCAAGGUCUAAAAUGUGUGUUGUCGUCGUGUUGUCUACCGGGGAAACUUUCUUCCUCCGGGUGGAGUCGAAACGGAGUGAUGGGGGGGGGGGAUAGCAAGCAAGUAAAAUAUAUAAUGUAUAACAUUUAAUGCGCACACAAAUGCUCAUCUUCUUAUAACGCGACGCGAAUAUAUCGGAAGGCGAACGAGAUCUAUUUGGUCUUUUGAAGCGAUAGUUAUCCGAAUGUGUUAACAGCUUGAAAUUUCAUCGUGUACUGAAGACGCGGAGAGUUACGAUAACCCCGACGAGGGCAAUUUUAUUCCGAGCGAACGGACUUCGCGGAGACGUCGCGAGUGAUGGGAUCGCGCAGUCGUCAAGCCGGGAUGAAUUCCGAAUUUAUUUCGCCGCAGUCGCGCGCAAUUGAAGCGAAUUGGAGCCAGAUAAGAGGUCACAAGUUCACGCUUGCCGCGAUAACGGCCUUCGUUAAAUAUAACGCGUGAAUACAAAGCUAAAUCUAAAGCCUGACACGGGCGUGCAAUCUUUGUGUACUGAAUGAAUUGAAUAUAAGCGACCAAUCGGGAAGAUAAAAAUGGAUUCUGCGAGAUUAAUUCCGAUACAUCUGUGUGAAUACGCGUCUUUAAUUGAUGAAGUGUUAUUAUUGCUGCGCGGUCAGGCAUUGUUAUAUGCUUCUUCUUUGAUUUUCUUUUUUUCCCUUGAACCGGCAACGAAUUUUGCGAAGAAGAUAAAACGAACGAUAAACGAUCGUACAGGGGUGAAUAAUAAGGGGCGUGGUAGAUUUAGAAGAUCUCAAAGACGAAAUCACGUGUGCGACUAUUCGAAUACUCGACUAUGAACGAAGCGACGACACGCAGACACGAUAUAAUCGAAGGAAAGCCUAUACUUUUCUUUAUAAGACUCCUUGCGGCGGAUAUAUAUAUAUAUAUAUAUAUAUAUAUAUAUAUAUAUAUAUAUAUAUAUAUAUAUAUAACACACAGACGCAGAUAUGCAAAAUUUCGAGAAAAUGCUGAAUUAUAGUACAAGUGAAGAUUCUUGAGAAACGAUAGUGUGUAAGUCUCAAGACCGAUCCAUCCAUUUUGCGACGUGGAUCCCUUUAGCUCUGAUCUUGCGAAGUGUCGAAAUUUAUCUGAGGCGUAUUAUUCGUCGAAGUAACUUAUUAAGAAGGACUCUUCCUUACCUUUGGGUGAGGACUAUAUAUACAUCGCUUGAAUGGAAAUUCGCGAUUCUCUCGUCACUUAAUUUAUGAACUCACUAAUUUUAGAAUUCCAAACGUCCGACGACGGAACUCGUAGCCCGUCAUCGAGACGUGUCACGAUGCUACUGUUCCCUUCAUCCUUCUAUGGAUUGUUCUUUCAUACGAUGAGUGAUGAACACCUAGACAUUCGAGAGAGUCUCCGUGCGCGAAUGACAGGUUCGAGCGUGUUGAAUCGAGGUUCAGUUGCCGAGACGUCCGACGAUAAUAGGUGGAGACGCGACGAACGUCGAAGCGAUGAAACUUUCAGCGAGAGGAGAACAACGACUCCGACGCGAGUUCGGUCGGAGAGAAUCGAAGGAGAAAGAAAGGAAGGAAAGGAAAAAGUGCGAUAAAGUUCUCGGCGGACUUGUCGGUGGUGAAGAGGAUGCGAGAGUAACACGGAAUAACUUGCGAACUCGGUUGUCGCAACGCGGUGUGUUCUACAGAGGUGUAAAUAUAAGGGAAUGCGUGUCUGAUCUGCGUUUGACGAUGUGCGAAUGUGAACCUGCAAGAAGCGUGUGUGAUUGUUGUCCCAUACAAAUUGUAGCUCGUAGCUGGACGCGAAGUCGCCACGUCGAACGAAAUACGUUUCGUUAGGUCGGAUAAAGACGAAGUAAUCAAACACAUUCUUACACGUGCGACUUAUAGUUUAUUGUAUAUAUGUAUUUAUAUAUAUAUAUAUAUAUACUUAUAUAUGUAUUUUCGACAUCACCUCCGGAUGAUUUGUAUGCUUUGGGCGUUUCCGCUGUGCGGAUUUGAUGGGGUGAGAAACAGAGAAGAGUGGAGGUUUGCAAGAAAUAUCGACGUUUCGGAGACGCACCUUGGUAUUCUGGGGUUAAAGGGCGCGCGCAGCGAAAUAUAUUAUAUAUAUAUUAUAUAUAUUUUUCAACCUAGAAUACGAAUUCUUUACUACGAUCCUGCGCUCAUUUCUCCGUCUGUUGCUGCCAUCCGAUAUUCACCGCCGCUAAAUAGGCAAUCGCGCGGUCGGCCAUUUUCCAUUGCUGGUCGCGUCGAAACCGAGUCACGCGGUGCUGAUCACUCGUCUAUUUUCGUCGAUAACUCGACAUUUUAUAUAUUCAGUGGUUUGUUACGAAAUGAUAUCGACCGAUAUUUCUCAGCUUAAUGCGUUGUGUACGUCUCGUUUCGUCGGACACCCUGUGUAUAUUUUCAAAACAUAAAUUCCCGCACAGAGCGGAAAUGUCGAAAAUACAUUAUAAAUAUACAUAUCGCGAUAUCCUCAG